UCGCCAGCGGUGAGUGUCGGUGAGUGUGCAGGAGGCACAACGCCCCCUCCCCACCCUCGCCCGCAGGGUUCAGUCCUCCGAGGUGCACCUUGGCAGCCAGGGGUGGGGAGGAGGGCGAGUGCGCCCAGUAGCAACAGCAACAGCAUGAGCACCCCACAGUCAGCCGCACCAGAGAGCCCCACUGAGGGCCCCAGAGGCCCAGAAGGGAAGGCUGCAGUAGGUGUCCGGGAGAAGGGCCCUCGGCUCUGUCAGCGACUGCCCUCUAUUGUGGUGGAACCUACUGAAACGGGUGCCGUGGAAAGCGGGGAGCUGCGUUGGCCACCCGAGGCUCCUUCCCCAAGUCCAUCAGGGAAGGAAGCAGAUGAUGAUGUCAUCCAGGGUGCUGACUCCGGGCACCAGGCAUUCCCUGCUCCAGUAACAGAUGCGGGUGUGGCAGGCUCUGCUCUCUGACCACCAAGAGGACCACCAUCCCAGGAUGACAGGCUGGUUCACAGAAAAGGCUGGGCCCACCCAGGAAACCCAGAUCACCAAGCUUCCUGUCUGGCUAGGUGUGCCCAGGACUCCGGCCCCUGCCUUUGCACUCCAUGGCCCAGAUCUGGAACAUACGAUACCCCUCUAUGUUCAGUGGCUUGAAGCAGAAAUAAAAGCGUCCUUCCUGGUGGCUACGGGCACCUUCAUGGGCACUUGAGCUGCUGGGCACAA